AUGUGUGGCUGUUGUCAUCCUGCGCGCUCGGAUCAUGAGUGAUUAUUCUUAUAGAUGAUUAUUGUGAAUGAGUGAACUGAUCGGGAUCGCUAUCUGGGAGGUGAAACUGUGAGGAUCUCCGGCAGAGUAUGAGCGGCUGAGAGUGAAGCUGCAGCGGUCUGAGGUUCUGUGGAGGACCCGCGUGUGUGGAGCUGAUCUGCGGCCGCUGCUCGGGAUGUUUGUGCUGGUGGAGAUGCGGGACACGGUGCGGAUUCCGCCCUGGAGCUUCCAGAGGCCGCUGAAUGAAGCCGUAGCGGAGGAGCUCAACAAGAAACUGGCCAACAAGGUGGUGUAUAACGUGGGUUUGUGCAUCUGUCUGUACGACAUCACUAAACUGGAGGAUUCCUACAUCUUUCCUGGAGACGGAGCGUCUCACACUAAAGUUCACUUCAGAUAUGUGGUGUUUCAUCCGUUCCUGGACGAGAUCUUGCUGGGGAAGAUCAAAGGCUGCAGUGCAGAGGGAGUCCAUGUGAGUCUGGGGUUCUUUGAUGACAUCCUCAUUCCGCCAGAGUCGCUCCAGCAGCCGGCUAAAUUUGAUGAAGCGGAGCAGGUGUGGGUCUGGGAGUACGAGACGGACGAGGGCACUCAUGACCUCUACAUGGACCAGGGUGAGGAGAUCCGCUUCCGGGUCACAGACGAGGUGUUCGUAGACACGUCUCCCAGCGGGCCGAGUGCAGAUAAGGAGGCUCCAGGAACAGGAGCAGCAGCAGCGCCCCCUGCAGGAGCGGAGGACACAGCACAGCAGAAAGAGUCUCCAUACACACUCAUAGGCUCUGUCAGUGAGCCGGGGCUCGGUCUGCUCUCCUGGUGGAACAAUUAACAACACAAACAUCAUAAGAUGAAGGUGUUAUGAACUGUGAAGCAUUAGCUGGAGCCUCAGUCACUCCUUCAUCACCUGCAGACGCUGCUGAUCACUUCAGUAACCAGAGAUGGAUUUAGACUUCUGUCUUCGUCCUUUCUCCAGAGCUAUGAUGAUGAUUAAUGAGCUGUAAUUUUGCUGUUUGGGUGACGGUGGUGUUUUGAUAUUAGAUUUGGUUUGGUGUUCUGCAGAUCCUGCUUUAUUAAUCAAUUCAGUUUUACAUGAAGCUGGAAAUAUUUCUGAUUUAGGUAUUUUUCUGAUUCUGAAAUGUCUGAUUUUGAUAAAAAGAUUGAAGAGGUUAUGUAUAAAUGGAUUUUGAAGUUUGUUUUCCUGCCCUUUAUAAGAAAAUGCAAUAGUAAUAAAACAAACAAUAAAUCUGGCAGAUCAGAA